GGCACCUACCCUCGUCUUGCCCUCCUGUCAGAUAACUCUAUACUCGUCGGCUACACCCAAAUCAGCGGCAAUCAACGAACAAUUUCCGUGAUUCGCAGUACUGACAAUGGAGGCUCCUUCAGCCCCUGGGGCACCAUCGCCACCAACACCAAUGGUGGCGAUCUCGACAACGUCUACCUACUUGAAGUCAGCAAGGGCAACAUCCUCGCUGUCUUCCGCAACCAUGACAAAAACGCCAGCGGGGCUUACACGCACUACCGCAUUACCGUGUGUCAGUCCACUGACGGUGGUAAAACUUGGGCCUUCAUUAGCCAGGCUGUGGAGUCGAGCAUCCAGGGCCAGGGGCUCUGGGAGCCGUUCUUGAGGAUUGGGAACGAUGGAAAAGUUCAACUGACCUACAGCGGGGAGCUGAGUACGGAUAACCAGGAGACCUUCCGGGUUGUGUCGAGUGAUGGGGGAAAGGGGUGGUCGGCGGCAGUGAACCUGCGGAUUCAUAGUACGAGUGAGAAGCUCAGGGAUGGGAUGCAGGGGAUUGCGAGGGCGAAGGAUGCACAGGAUGGAAGGGAUGCGUUGAUCAUGGUAUUUGAAACUACGAGGAGGGGUCCGGGGCUGUUCAGCGUUGAGUAUGCCGUGAGUUAUGAUGAUGGUGCGAGUUGGGGAAAUAGGGAUGUGGUUUAUGCGCCUUCGGCAAGUACAAAAAAUGCAGGUAGUCCGCAGAUCGCCCAAGUUGGAGACAAGGGUCUGGUUGUAGCUUUUAUGACGGAUGAAGAUACUGCGAGCCCGAAUUGGCCGUCGCUUGCCAGCAUCAAGGUUGUGGUUUCGGUGGGCUUGAAUGGUGGAAAAAUUGCGUGGGGUGGAAAAGCCACAGUACAAGGUGCCACGAGUGCUUGGCCAGGAUUG